AUGGACGACUGCGUGCACACAUCAGCCAUGCCCAACCCGGAGCCGGCGUCUCCCGCUCCUGCGCCGCCGCAAGAAGCCACCGGCGACUCGGAGUCCGACACCCCCGUGCCGGGCCUCAGCCUCACAGUAGGGGACCGUCCCUUGGUGGCAGCUGGCUACGCCGAGGACGACGCCGAGUCGUGCAGCGGCGCCGAUAACAACCGCGUCCCUGCUGCUAGCGUCGACGGCGACGACGGCCGUGGCGCAGACGACGACGCGGCCAUGGAGGAUGACGAGAACGAAGUUGACAGCAGGAUGUCCAUCCCCUGGUGGCGCCGGACGGUCCAGGACGCGGCGGCCGGUGCCGGUGCGGGAGGUGGCUGCGCGCGGCCCCAGGCGGCGGCGGAGGGCGGGGCAGCUGUUGUGGCCGGCGGCAGCCACGCGGCCGAGAGCAACAGGCUCUUCUGGGAGGCUUGCGUUGCGCGUGGAUACUAG